AUGCACAUGCGAAAGUUCUGCUCCGUUUUCGACGAGUACGACGACCAGUCCACCUUCAUGUCCAGCACAUCCAUCUCAACGCUCAAAGAGCCCGCUCCAGAUGGCAGUUUCCUAACCACAAUCUAUGAGCCAGACUACAACGAUUAUCCCAAGCACAUCGCCUUCCCCGCCUUGAAGAUCGACGAGCAGCUCGAUGUUGUGAAAUUCUGGCUCGACAUCUGCGAGGUCGUGGAUCCGUCGCACGAGCACGGCGAAUGCCAACAAGGCGACGAUAUCGUCAUCCCCCCGAAGAGGGUGCUCGAUCUGCAGGACGCUGCGACGGGCGUUGUGCGCAUUGUUGAAACGACCGGCCGCGAAGGUCGAUAUGCAGCGCUUUCGCACUGCUGGGGGGAUCCGAGCAGACACCCGCUGAUGACAGUGCAUGCAACGCUGGAAAAGCACUUGUCCGGCAUCGCACUAUCUGAUCUCCCCCAGUCGUUCCACGAUGCGAUCCGCGUGUGUCGCCAUCUCGACAUCCAAUACAUCUGGAUAGACUGUCUGUGCAUCUGCCAGGACGACAGCGCAGAAUGGCUCUCCGAAGCCGAAAAAAUGGCCGCCAUCUACUCCCAAUCCUACCUUACCAUCGCCGCGUCACGCGCCCAAAACUCGCAGCACGGCUUCCUCUUCGACUUCCCCUCCGACACACACACCUACAACAUCGCCGCCGAGCAGCCCUGGAACACGACCGACGCAUCCCAAAACAAAUCGUUCCACCUCACGCUCCAGAUCAACCACAAAGCCUCCAAGAAAGCGUCCACCCCACUCGACACGCGCGCCUGGUGCCUGCAAGAAUAG